AUGAUGACUCCUGGGACUUCUAAUACGACCCUUUGCAAUUUCCCUCACAACGUCCAGCGUCCAGGGACAAGUUCCUUCCACUUGAUUGUCCUGAAGUGCACGAAGCGGAGGAGAACCGCCUCGAGGGUGAUGAUAGGCCCCAUUAUGAUGCAGAGAAUGUUGAGGUGUGUGGAGCCCAGGGCUCAGAGGAUUCUCCCCACAGCGAUGGUCCGCUGGAAAAGGCCAUUGUGGGCAAUAGACGUGAAGAAAUGUGAAGCCCCCGCGGGUUUUCUCGAAGUGAGAGGGUUCCUGAAUACCUGGCAGAAUCCAAGGACCCCUUUCGUUCUUUCUCCACAUUGCUUGAUGGGAGGCAUUAUGGCCCCCAAAGACAUAAUGACAAAUACUCAUGCUAAAUCCAUCCUCAAUUCAAUGAACUCCCUCCGGAAGAGCAAUACCCUCUGCGAUGUGACACUGAGAGUAGAGCAGAAAGACUUCCCUGCCCAUCGGAUUGUGUUGGCCGCCUGUAGCGAUUACUUCUGUGCCAUGUUCACUAGUGAGCUUUCAGAGAAGGGGAAACCUUAUGUUGAUAUUCAAGGCUUAACUGCUUCUACCAUGGAGAUUCUGUUGGACUUCGUGUACACUGAAACUGUACAUGUGACGGUGGAGAAUGUACAAGAACUGCUUCCUGCAGCCUGUCUGCUUCAGCUGAAAGGUGUGAAGCAAGCCUGCUGUGAGUUCUUAGAAAGUCAGUUGGACCCCUCUAAUUGCCUGGGUAUCAGGGAUUUUGCUGAAACUCACAAUUGUGUUGACCUGAUGCAAGCAGCUGAGGUUUUUAGUCAGAAGCAUUUUCCGGAAGUGGUACAGCAUGAAGAAUUCAUUCUUCUAAGUCAAGGAGAAGUGGAAAAGCUAAUCAAGUGCGAUGAAAUUCAGGUGGAUUCUGAGGAGCCAGUCUUUGAAGCUGUCAUCAACUGGGUGAAGCACGCCAAAAAGGAGCGAGAAGAAUCCUUACCUGACCUGCUACAGUACGUCCGGAUGCCCCUGCUGACCCCCAGGUACAUCACAGACGUCAUAGAUGCUGAGCCUUUCAUCCGCUGUAGUUUACAGUGCAGGGAUCUAGUUGAUGAAGCAAAGAAGUUUCAUCUGAGACCUGAACUGCGAAGUCAGAUGCAGGGACCCAGGACGAGGGCUCGUCUAGGAGCCAAUGAAGUGCUUCUGGUGGUUGGGGGCUUCGGAAGCCAGCAGUCUCCCAUCGACGUGGUAGAGAAAUAUGACCCCAAGACUCAGGAGUGGAGCUUUUUGCCAAGCAUCACUCGUAAGAGACGUUACGUGGCCUCAGUGUCCCUACAUGACCGGAUCUAUGUAAUUGGUGGCUAUGAUGGCCGUUCCCGCCUUAGUUCGGUGGAAUGUCUAGACUACACAGCAGAUGAGGAUGGGGUCUGGUAUUCUGUAGCCCCUAUGAAUGUCCGACGAGGCCUUGCUGGAGCCACCACCCUAGGAGAUAUGAUCUACGUGUCUGGAGGCUUUGAUGGAAGUAGGCGUCAUACCAGUAUGGAGCGGUAUGACCCAAACAUUGACCAGUGGAGCAUGCUGGGAGAUAUGCAAACCGCCCGGGAGGGUGCUGGACUAGUUGUGGCCAGUGGAGUGAUCUACUGCCUAGGAGGAUAUGAUGGCUUGAAUAUUUUAAAUUCAGUUGAGAAAUAUGAUCCCCACACAGGACAUUGGACUAAUGUUACACCAAUGGCCACUAAGCGCUCUGGUGCAGGAGUAGCCCUGCUGAAUGACCAUAUUUAUGUGGUGGGGGGAUUUGAUGGUACAGCCCACCUUUCUUCUGUUGAAGCAUACAACAUUCGCACCGAUUCCUGGACAACUGUCACUAGUAUGACCACUCCACGAUGCUAUGUAGGGGCCACAGUGCUUCGCGGGAGACUUUAUGCUAUUGCGGGAUACGAUGGGAAUUCCCUGCUGAGUAGCAUCGAGUGCUAUGACCCUAUCAUCGACAGUUGGGAAGUAGUGACAUCCAUGGGAACCCAGCGCUGUGAUGCUGGCGUGUGUGUUCUUCGAGAGAAGUGA